AGGAGAGGCUACUCCCUACUCCCUACUGCUUUUGUAAUAAUCACAAGACAUUCCCUUUUUUCUUUCUUUCUCAUAUUCCAUUUCUCCUUCUUCUUCUUCUUCUUCUCUCCGAUGUCUGACUCUGACCAAAAAGGCCAAGCCGGCAGCAGCAGCAGCCGCCCCCCAUACCGCAUCGCUUACGCUCUCUCACCCAAGAAAGUUGAGAGCUUCAUUCAGCCCUCCCUCCUCCACCUCACCCACCAACGUGGUAUUCACCUCUUUCCCCUCCACCUCUCCAAACCCUUACUUGAUCAACCCCCCUUCGAUUGUCUCAUUCACAAACUCUCCCACCCUGAUUGGAUCCAUCAAUUGCUCCUCUUCCUCUCCCACCAUCCCCACAUCCCUGUUAUCGAUCAUCCCCACGACAUCCACCGCCUCCACAAUCGUAUUACAAUGCUCCAAGUUGUCAACCACCUCAAUCUCACUUCUACCCAACUCUCACUUUCUAUUCCCAACCAGCUUUUCCUCGACACUCCUCAAUCCUUACUCCACACCCUCGCUUCUAAACACAUCCAAUUUCCACUCAUUGCUAAGCCUCUCCUCGCCGAUGGAACCGCCGCCUCUCAUCAAAUGUCCUUGGUUUUUAAUGAGGAGGGUCUGCGAGCCUUGAGCUUAAACCCCCCCUUUGUGUUGCAGGAGUUUGUCAACCAUGGAGGCGUCAUUUUCAAAGUUUACGUGGCCGGUCGCCACAUUCAGUGUGUCAAGAGGAAGUCAUUGCCCGACAUUUCUGAGGACAAAUUGGGUGUCUCCGAGAAUUUGUUGCCGUUUUCCCAGAUAUCUAAUCUCACUGCUCAGGAACAGACUGAUCAAAGUGUUGCCAAGCUAAUGGAGGAGGCUGAGUUGCCCCCCUCCAGUUUUGUGAAUGAAGUAGCUACUCAAUUGAGGCAGGCGUUGAACUUGAACCUGUUUAACUUUGAUAUGAUAAGGGAUAGUAAGUGCAACAGAAUCAGAGUGAGGUUUCUAAUAACUGUGAGUCAGUAGUGUAGCUGAACCGUUCUGGCACUCUUGGUUAAACCUUAUGACCAGACAGUAUGGGAUAAUAACACUGACAAUUUCCAUUGGGUUCAUCUUGGUUGAUGGCGUGCCCAAAUCUGCCUCAAGUUUUCAAGAUAGAAGGUGACUCAUGUGAUUAACACAUGUUCAGACAAUCCCCUCACCAGAAGCUGAUUGUAUGUCUUCACAUUCUGCAGAACUUGGUCCUUUUACUGUUUUUGAAUUCAAGACCGCAAUAAAAGCAACAUGUUUUCAUGCCCGCAUAAGGGUAAAUUGCUAAAGUUGUCGGCUGUUGAUGCUUUGUAACCCCGCUCCAAUUCAUAAUUUGGUUGCCUUUUUUUCAAUUCGAGACUUUGGGUUUGUAAUACUUACUAACUUCAAUAUUUCAAGCUGUUCCUUGUUAAA